AUGCCAUCUCUGGGCUCAUCGAGCAGACAUCGUCACAAAUAAUAGAACUCGCGUGCAUGCAUUCGUUGCGUAAUUUGUGAGACUAGAGUGAACACAUUGUGAAUGAAGAUUUUUUUGAGUGCUCAAAACCCAUGGCAGACUCCAGUGUUUUCAGUGCUGAUGAACUGACCGAUAAACUUCCUCUAAAAGCAUGGAUGAUUCGUCCAUGUGCUGUCUACAAGUCUGAAUACUUGGAGUGUACAAGCACUCGGGGCAGAAUCCACCAGUAUUAUAUCAAUGGCUAUUCCAACCCAGAUUGCCACAAAUGGAAAGAAGAUUAUGAUAACUGUAUGGCCGUAGUAGAAUCAAAAUUUCCAGAAUUAGCUUCCAAAAUCAUCGAAAAUGAAGAUGCACGUCGCAGUAAACGACUAGCAGAUGCUCGGUCAAAUGAUGUUUGGGAGUACAGAAAAGAGCCCCCAGCAAAUUGGGCUGGACCUCUGCCAGAGUGGAGCAAGAAAAAUGAGAGUCAAUACUUUACUCACCAACAAGGAAUUAUUGACAGCGGUCUACAAGAACAACAAAGAAUGUGUAUCAUUUCAUAGCAGAUAGGUAGAGAUUUAAGUCAGCCGCAUCAGAUGUGGAAAGACUGUAAGCUGUGAUUCCAUUUACGGAACAAUGCAGGACUUUCAGACUUUAUUCUUAAUGAUAGCCUUUAACACUAUAGUAAGGGACGGUUCAUAUUCCUACGUCUGUGGGGAGGUUAGCAAUACAUUUGAAUAGGCGAAACAGGAAUAGGCGAAACAGGAAUUAGGCGAAACAGGAAGUAGGUGAUCAGGAAUAGGCGAAUAAGGAAUUAGGCGAAACAGGAAUAGGCGGAACAGGAAUAGGCGAAACAGGAAUACACCCUUUAUACCACAGCUGUAUAUUAAGUAUCAGUAAAUGCUGUUCGCUAUUGAAUAUACAAUACAAUUCACAGCUUCACCACUAGGGGGCAUUUCCUGAAAACACAAAAGUUCCUGGUGAAUUCCUCAAGGGAAUUUGAUAAAAUUCAUAUGAUUAGUGUGGAUACAUUAUAAUUGGUUAUUCGGAAAUAACUGCCCAGUGUUAGAUUUUAAGGUUUUUUCACAGGUUGUCAGCACGGCAACCACCUGCAUGAGCUCAGGUGGUCCUCCUGAAUCUGAAGGCUAUUGGCCGAACUUACCCGAUGCUUAAGUGACACUAGCGCCACAAAAUUACAUUAAAUAACUUGACUGCCGACCCUACUGGUUGAAAAUUGAACUACGAUGCCAGCACCCGGAGUGAUGCGAUUAAAUAUGAACAUAGACCCUAGUGCAAUGAGCACAAAUCCUUGACACGAUCGGCUGAUUCAUUUUUCAUGUACGGAAAUCGGCUGAUUUUAGUAGUUGUUUUUAAGCAAAUGUUUGUCAAAUGACAGGUUGCCUGCUUGAAAAGCAGUGCUUAUGUGCAAAAAAACGUACUUGUCCACCGGGCGAGCCUGUAAGCAAGGCUGGGUCAUCCAUCACAAAAUUGGGGCGCCCGGGCAAAGGGACGACUGGGAAAAUCCAACACUGCUACAUUCAUUGCGUCAAUACCAGUUCUGAAGCAAGUCUUACUUUUGAGGGGGUUGGGGAGUGCUGAAAAGGAGGUCAUUAUGGGCACUUUUUGGCUCACCGUUCGGCGAGUCUAUACAAUACCGCUGUGUCCGUCGUCGUAUCCUGGGCACAUUUCUUAACCGCUAGGGCUAGAUGGCUAAAACUUGGUGUGAUGGUAGCUUUGGGCAAUAUGCCGAGGCGUAUUUUUCUUUUUCGCGAUAUGGCCUACUUUCUGGCCUCCAGGUGGCCAUCUUGGAAAUUGGUUUUUUGCCUUUUUGAAGCUAAUGGUUGUACGUAGAGUGACAAAAUUUUUAUUGUGUGUGUAUCUAAUAAGGUUAAAUGACAUAUCACCCGGGUUUUUGAUUUGACCUACUUUUCAAGGUCACAGAGGUCAAAGUUCACUAAAUCACCGAUUGGUGGCACGUUUCGUUUCUAUUUGAGCUAGAAGGUUCUAAACUUCUGAGGACAUAUAUCUAGGGACCCUCUAUUGUAUUCCCAAAAUUUGUCCCGCUCGGACUUCAAAUAUGGCCGCCAGGCAGCCAUCUUAAAAAUUAAACAAAGUCAGAUUGAAACCAAAUUUCAUGUGAUUGUAUAUCUUUGUACUCUCUACAAUGUCCCUAAUUUUCAGUCAAAUCCAUUGACCAAUAUGGCCGCCAGAUGGGCCAUCUUGAAAAUUAAACAAAGUCCCAUUACUCCAAAAGUAAUGAUCAGAUUGCAACCAAACUUUAUGUUAUUAUGUAUCUAUGUACUCUUAUCAAUAUCUCUAAUUUUCAGUCAAAUCCCAUGACAAAUAUGGCCGCCAGGCCGCUAUUUUGAAAAUCCAGCGAAGUCCUAUUACUCCUAAACUGUUGAACAGAUAUCAACCAAUUUCCAUGUGACAUGUACACUCUUCAAUAACCCUGAAAUUUAGUCAAAUUUAUAACCAAAAUGCUAUAGUUAGAUGGUACCGGUUAUUUUCUUUUGUACCAUUGAGCCAAGAAGAAUAAUAUUAUUCGAUGGAAUCAAAACUGGUGAAACGAGUCAGAAACUGUUCUCCUCAUAUCCACUGCAAAUGACAUGCAUUACAUUACUCGAGGUGAGCACAUGGUUCCUGGACCAUUUCAUUCUUUCUUUUCAAUCAGAGAAAUAAAAUACAGCUGGGGCAAAGUGAUCUUUUCUCAGUUGAUUCAGCAAGCUCUGGUCUUGUUGCAAAAAAACUUAUUGAGCUACAUGUAUCUCUGAUUCUUUUCCUGUGGGUUGGGGUGGGUGUUGGGGUGUGAAACUGUGGCGCUAAAGGUGUUUAAUUUUCUCUGUAGGAGGCAGACAGAUAAAAAAUUUCAAAAAUUUGUACAGAUAUCUGAUGAUGUGUUUUAAAUAUCUCGUGUUAAUUUCAGCACAGUGGUUAUUUGAAUUUAUCAAAAAGAUUGAUGACAUUUGUAGGAUGCAUCAAAAGUCAUUGCAUCAGUGAUUUACAAUUUUCUUUAAAAAAUGUGCCACAUAUGUUUGACUGCUACUGAUGUGACGUCAUCAUUAUGUCUAAGCGCUUGGGUUUUAUAGAUUAGUCACCUACACAUACUUUUAUUCAGAUAAUGGGCCAUAUAUUCUCAAUUUAUUAUUAAUGCACUAUAAACCUUUAUAUUGAUAGACUAUCUUGGAUAAAAAUAUGAAGUUUGAUAGGGAAUUUUCAAUAAAAGUGUCCUAAAUUUCAGGGCUUUAGAUAACGGGCGUAUGGGUGUAUAUACGCCUGUGGAAAAGAGCAAUACGCCAGGUUUUCUGGGCCAAAAACGUAUUGUGACACCCCCUAAAUGAACAUCUGAUUUCAGCGUAUGCUUUCUAAUAUAUCUGAAGGUGUAUUCUGACUUCCAAAAAUCCCGAGUCCCAAUGUGUUUGGCGUCAAACUUAAAACGUUCACCGCCCGCCCGCCUCACACUCCUCAGCACGGCCGGUGUAGAAGUUUUAACUGUCCCCUGGUAAAAAUGUCCCCUGGAUACUAAGUCCCAGGAAAAAAUGUCCUAGGUUAUUUUAUUCUGGGGAAAAAUGUCCGGGUGGGCAAUUUUACCUAGGGGAGAUUGUCCAGGGUCUAGGAAAAUAUGUCCGUUAUGGACUUCUUUUCCCAGUAAUAUCUGUCCAUGUGAUCGAAAUCCCUUGCUAGUUGUUAUCAAUUUUUUAAAUGAUUUACCUACUCUUUUGAGUCUUAUUUUAACAAAACUCACAACAAUAGUGAAUUUACAACGCAGACAGUUGAUUACGAUGCAAUUCAAUGCAUAAACAUCAUUGUCAUGGACAUUGAAACCAGCUGAGUUAAAGGGGGAGUAUAUGUGACCUUCGUCCGUUUGCCUGAAUACCCCAUCGCUGGCCUUGAUUAUCGCUCACAAUCAAUCUAGUGUGGUCGCGAGGGGAUUGCGAGAGGGCAAAUCCCUACUGACAUUGGGGUAACUGGCCAUUUAAGGGUAUACGAGUCGUAAAUAAAGAAAUGAGGAAAUAUUCAUUCAAUGCUAAUACGCAGUUUUUAUUCCAGCUAUAAAAUUACUGCUUGUACAGCUUAAGUGCGCUGCCAUUUAUGGCCCCCUUCAUUUUCUCCCCUUUUGAAUUCUGUAACAUGUAACCGUUACUUCUUGUUCUCCCUACGAUGGUGAAUGGUCCCAACCAGGGCUCCUCUUUUUUGCCUCCUUUCCUAUCGCUUCUUCUGAGGUUUUUCUUUAGAACUACUGUUCCAACAGCUAGAUCCUGAAAUGAGUGAUUAUAAUACGAACUGUUGAAAAAGUUGUGAUGUUAUGUUGAAGCAAAGUGUUUUAUUGGCAAUGAAACAUAUAUUCCAAUACUUGGAUUUUAAAGUCCUACUUAUAUCUUUAUGAUAACAUCUUCCCGUUGCGUUUCACUUCCACGUUAGGCGUCUUAGUAGAGAAAAUCAUCAAUGAUCAACAGAAUUAUUUCUUGUUAUUUCGACCACUCACCGCUUGCGCUUUUCGCCUAGCGUCGUAAUUUCUCUUUUGUUGCCCUUGUGCCUUCUCAAUAUUGUCCAGAACUUUCUUCCCCUCUACUUUUCUAACUUUCAUUGCUUUUUCAACAACAUCUUCCGCUACUCCAUUGCCAUUCUCUGCGCCAGUAUUAUCUCCUUCAAUAACAUCCUCUGGGAGGGUCAGUUCUCUGUAAAGGUAUGUAGAUAUACAAUAGAACUUGUCAACCUAACACACAAAAUAAUCGAAGGUACCAGGUCGAUGCGUGAUAUUUUGAACUGAAAUAUCGUUGGAUGAUUGGUCACUAUUAGCAAUAAUGGAGCGGGACAAGGUUCCAGAUGUACCAUACUAAAUAUAGACAGCUUACCUCCCGCACAUGAGAAAAAAGGGUGUGUACUUCGUUGAUGCGUGCUUGGAUGUAUUGUAAGCGAAAACGCAUUCUUCCAGCUGCUCAUCCCAAUACACAGCCCCAAAAGUGGUGUUACCUUAACACUCAAAAUGAGUGUGCCUAGAACACCCAUUUGUAGUGUAGACAACCACCCAACACCCAUUAUUGGUGUCCAAUUUUGAACACCACAGACAAGUGUCGGGCCCAACACCGAUAUUAGGUGUCCAAUUUUGAACACCACAGACAAGUGUCGGGCCCAACACCCAUAUU